AUGGCCAAGUUUGUCGCUGUCUUAUCACUCUUUACCCUUGCCCAGGGAGCCAAUCAAUCCACAGAACAUUCUGUCCCUCUGUCGACCCGCCUCGAUUGCGCUGUACUCCCCAAAUACAACCUAGAUCAAGGAACGGCUGGCCCAUUCCGUCUCAAAGCAGCAGACUGCGACCUUGCAGAUGCCUCCCGGGGCGCCUGUAGUUUCCUACGCUCUCCGAGCAGCAUCAACGUCUACACGAACGCUUCAGACAAGAACCCUGUCACGUUCGUGAAUAACUACGAGAAAGGAUUCUAUCCCGGCUGGUUUCGCUGCGUUAACCCACCCGCCGGUUCACCUUUGGAUACGCUUCCAAGCUUGCAGAUCAAGGUCCCGACAAAAAUUGGCAUCAAUCCGAUGCCUGAGGAGUGGAAGACCGUCCGAGUGGUUAACAACGCUGACUCCGCGCGUAUGGUGUGGGGUGAAUCCGAUGAUACCCCGACUCUUCCGCUCGGAAUGUAUCACGAUUAUAGCUACGGCCGCAAGAUUGCCGGUAUUAAUGUUGGUGCACACAACUUCACUCGCUGGGCUGUCGAUAAGUCUGGAAAUGCUACAAGCCUCCCGGCUCACAAGAAGUAUGCCUCUGUUCGUCUCCUGAGCAAGGAUUCGGAGAUCCACCGCAAGCACGGCGAGUUCACAACUCUGCUUCGUAUCGAGGGAACUGAGGAGGACUGGAAGGCGGGUCACUAA